AUGGAGGUGGAGAUGGAGGCGGAGGACAGGAUGCAGAAGACGCUGGCGUCUGUGGUGAACGACUUGAUGACCCUGCGGGCGGGGCGGGCCACGCCGGCGAUGCUUGACAGGGUAGAGGUGGACUAUUACGGGGCGCCCACGCCGCUCAAGUCGCUGGCAGGCGUGUCCACGCCGGACGCCAGCACGCUGGUGAUCAGUCCCUACGACAAGGGCGCCCUGGAGGGCAUCGAGCGUGCGCUGCAGACGUCGGACCUGGGCCUGACGCCCAACAACGAUGGGGAGCGCAUACGGCUCAACAUACCACAGCUGACGGAGGAGCGCCGGAAGGAGAUGGUGAAGGUGGUGAGCAAGAUGGGCGAGGAGGGGAAAGUGGCCCUGCGGAACAUCAGGAGAGAUGCCAUCAAAUCCAUGGAGAAACUGGACCUGCCAGAAGAUGACGAGCGAUACCUAGAGGACGAGGUGCAGAAGUUGACAGACAAGUAUGUGAAGAAGGUGGGCGAUGCAGUGAAGGACAAGGAAAAGGAGCUCACCACCUUGUGA